ACGGUAAAGAGGGAGUUAGAGCAGGCAACGAAAUGAAGACACUGUGGACUAAGAACUUUCGUAAAUGUCCGCUGAUAUUAAAUUUAUAGCCUGGAAACUCAAAGGUAUUACUCCAUCAAGAUCUGAUCAGAUGACCAUAUGAUGUCAGAGCAGAAGUCAAAGUAACUCGAUUCGUCAACACUUGAAUAUCUCUGGCUAUUUAUCGUGGAGGGGAAAAGGUUUCUCUGUACUUUGAGGGGCAAUUUGCGCAGGAGUUGCAGCCAGAUACAGUGCGAAUGCCACAUCAGGAUCUGAGCCCAUCCAUCCGGCCUUUGGUAACCUGAAUGUCGCUGGAUUUUGAACAUGGACGGACAAAGCCCCACUCGCAGUGGGGAGCAAUUGUACAUGUGUCCGGUGUGCGGGCGAGGCUUCAGACAGUCGUCUGCCCUGUCGAGACACAAGCGCAGUCACAGCGUGCGGAAACCUUGGAAAUGCGGGGACUGUGGGAAGGGAUUCAUUUCCCCGUCAAAGCUGGAGACUCAUCGGCGCAGUCACACCGGGGAGAAGCCCUUCACCUGCCCCGAGUGUGAAAAGGGGUUUGCGGACUCAUCUGCUCUCCUGAGGCACCGGCGCACCCACACUGGGGAGCGGACUUUCACCUGCUCCGACUGUGGGGAGGGCUUCACCCGCUCGUCCACCCUGCUGGCCCACCAGCGGGUCCACACCGGGGAGAGGCCGUUCGCCUGCUCCGAGUGCGGGAAGGGCUUCACCCAGCUAUCCAACCUGCUGACCCACCAGCGGGUCCACACCGGGGAGAGGCCGUUCGCCUGCACAGAGUGCGGGAAGGGAUUCGCCGAUUCGUCCGCCCUGCUGCGGCACAAGCGGGUUCACACCGGCGAGAGGCCGUUCACCUGCUCAGAGUGCGGGAAGGGCUUCAUUCAGUCGUACAACCUGCAAAUACACCAGCGCAUGCACACCGGGGAGAGGCCGUUCACCUGCACGGUGUGUGGGAAGGGAUUUACUGACUCGUCCAGCCUGCUGACCCACCAGCGGGUGCACACCGGGGAGAGGCCGUUCACCUGCUCCGAGUGCGGGAAGAGAUUCACCCGUUCGUCCAACCUGCUGACCCACCAGCGAGUUCACGAAAGCGCCAUUCACAGCGGGGAGAAACCGUACGUCUGUUCUGUGUGUGGACGAGGCUUCAGCCGGUCAUCUGGCCUGUUGAGACAUCAGCGCAGUGACAUGGUGGAGAAACCGUGGAAAUGCGGGAACUGUGGGAAAGGAUUCAAAUCCCCUUCUGAGCUGGAAACUCACCGGCGCAGUCAUACUGGGGAGAGGCCCUUCACCUGCUCGGAGUGUGGCAAGGGAUUUACUCAGUCUUCCACCCUGCUGAGGCACCAGCGCGUUCACACCGGAGAGAGACCGUUCCCCUGCUCUGAGUGUGGGAAGGAAUUCACCCGGUUAUCCAUCUUGCUGAGACACCAGACCAUUCACACCGGGGAGAGGCCAUUCACUUGUUCUGACUGUGGGAAGAGAUUCACUCAGUCGUCCACCCUCCUGAUACACCAACGACUUCACACCGGGGAGAGGCUGUUCGCCUGCCCUGAGUGCGGGAAGGGCUUCACUCAGUCGUCCAACUUACUGAGACACCGGCGCGUUCACACCGAUGAGAGACCUUUUCAGUGCCCAGACUGUGGGAAGGGCUAUAAAAGCUCCGGGGAACUGAUGUCCCAUCAACGCGUCCACACGAAUGAGAGACCGUUCAGGUGCUCCCACUGCGGGACUGGGUUCAAGCACUCAUCUCAGCUCACUGUCCACCAACGUGCUCACACCGGUGAGAGGCCAUUCACCUGCUCGGAGUGCGGGAAGGGAUUCACUCGGUCAUCCCACCUUCUUGGGCAUAAGCGCGUUCACAAAUAACAACAGUGAUUACAUACUGCGGUUUUGUCACAGCCAGGGCUACUACACCACAUCCAUUGGGAUCUGUUUAUUGCUGACGUUGAUAAGCUCCAGCCCAGUUGUAGGUGUUAGUAUUCCAGAUAAAAGUCAAAUAAAUCAAUUUUGCGUCAACACA